UGCAUCCAGUUAACCAUGGGAAGGGUCAGCACCAGCCACCAGCCCCUUAGAGGGGUGCCUGCCUCCGCUGACUCAGGAGUUCGUGUGCUGCAGCCACCACGAAUGGGGAGGUUGGCCCUUGAUGUGGCCUUUGUGUGGAAGGCGGUGUUGACCCUGGGGCUGGUGCUUCUCUACUACUGCUUCUCCAUCGGCAUCACCUUCUACAACAAAUGGCUGACAAAGAGCUUCCAUUUCCCCCUCUUCAUGACGAUGCUGCACCUGGCCGUGAUCUUCCUCUUCUCCGCCCUGUCCAGGGCGCUGGUUCAGUGCUCCAGCCACAGGGUCCGUGUGGUGCUGAGCUGGGCCGACUACCUCAGAAGAGUGGCUCCUACAGCUCUGGCGACGGCGCUUGACGUGGGCUUGUCCAACUGGAGUUUCCUGUAUGUCACCGUCUCGCUGUACACAAUGACCAAAUCCUCAGCUGUCCUCUUCAUCUUGAUCUUCUCUCUGAUCUUCAAGCUGGAGGAGCUGCGCGCGGCAUUGGUCCUGGUGGUCCUCCUCAUCGCCGGGGGUCUCUUCAUGUUCACCUACAAGUCCACACAGUUCAAUGUGGAGGGCUUCGCCUUGGUGCUGGGGGCCUCGUUCAUCGGUGGCAUUCGCUGGACCCUCACCCAGAUGCUCCUGCAGAAGGCUGAACUCGGCCUCCAGAAUCCCAUCGACACCAUGUUCCACCUGCAGCCACUCAUGUUCCUGGGGCUCUUCCCUCUCUUUGCUGUAUUUGAAGGUCUCCAUUUGUCCACAUCUGAGAAAAUCUUCCGUUUCCAGGACACAGGGCUGCUCCUGCGGGUACUUGGGAGCCUCUUCCUUGGCGGGAUUCUCGCCUUUGGUUUGGGCUUCUCUGAGUUCCUCCUGGUCUCCAGAACCUCCAGCCUCACUCUCUCCAUUGCUGGCAUUUUUAAGGAAGUCUGCACUUUGCUGUUGGCAGCUCAUCUGCUGGGCGAUCAGAUCAGCCUCCUGAACUGGCUGGGCUUCGCCCUCUGCCUCUCGGGAAUAUCCCUCCAUGUUGCCCUCAAAGCCCUGCAUUCCAGAGGUGAUGGUGGCCCCAAGGCCUUGAAGGGGCUGGGCUCCAGCCCCGACCUGGAGCUGCUGCUCCGGAGCAGCCAGCGGGAGGAAGGUGACAAUGAGGAGGAGGAGUACUUUGUGGCCCAGGGGCAGCAGUGACCUGCCAGGGCAAAUGGCUUAGAAGCAGGCCACUCCCCAGCCUGCUGCCAGCACUCACUGUGCUUAAGCCCCCGGGGCUCUUCAUGGUAUCUGGGAGCUGUGGACGGGAGUCACCAGAUGGUGGGGCCAAGCCAGGGACUCGUGACUCUUGCCCCUCCCUUCAGAACCUGGUCACACAAGGGGCGAGCACCAGGCCAGCCUGGGACUGGCCAGAGCUGGGCCCAAGCUGCGCUGGAAUCGCAGCAGGAGGGGGGAGUGGGCUGGUUCUUCCCAACCACUUCCCAGGCUCUGACAGCCAAGACUCAUUUCCAAGGCAUAGCAGCUUUCUAAGGGGACUGGGUUUUGGACCUCAAAGGGCUGGAGCCUCAUCACCUGGGCAGUCUUUUCUCAGAGAGCAGGUUUCUUUAUAGUUUGGAAAUAAAUGGUUCACGGUCCACUGGCCGCUUUGUGUUGCUGGAGACGUGGGGGCAGGGAGGUGACAGUGUGGGCCUGGCCUCUCCUUUCCUUUCCCUGCCUGGGGCCUUCUUCAAAUGUCUAGUCUUAAGCCAGGCCUCCUUCGUUUUCUCGCUCCUGUUAGAACACCAGUGCCCUCCCCAUGGGGCCCCACUGCACCUGCUGGCAGGAAAUAAAUGAAUAUUUACUGA